AGGCCUCAAUGCCCAACUGUCAUCAACAUUUCGACCAAUGGCGAGCCAGGGGUCCCUGGGCUCAAUGGAACAGAUGGAGCCAAGGGAGACCAAGGAUCUGUAGGGCCACCAGGAGAUAAGGGACCUGUAGGGCCACAGGGAAACAAGGGCCUUAGAGGACAAUCAGGAGCACCUGGAAAAAUGGGACCUAAAGGGGCUAAAGGUGAACAGGGUAGCCAAGGCCUGCAGAGAAACUGGAAACAGUGUGCUUGGAAUAGGAUCGAUGACGGUAAAGACAGUGGAUUGAUAAAGGUAAAAGGCAGCUGAAAAGGGUUUAUUCAAAUUUAUUACUCUAAUAACGUCCAGAGAGAGUCUGAAUGAUUUUAUUGAUAGGCUUUUUCUUUCUUUUUGAUUUUGAUGAAUUUCAACGUCUUUAUUUCUUUUUUUAGGACUGCGUUUUUCAUAAACAUGCCGAUAGCACCGCCUUAAAAGUGGAGUACAAUGGCGACAUCAGAAUCGCUGGAUGUCUCGGCUGCUGUUCGCGAUGGUUUUUCACCUUUAAUGGUGUGGAAUGUCGCAGACCUCUCGCCAUUGAUGGCCUGAUGCAUAUCGCCUCAAAUCACGGAAGAACAGACACGAACAUUCACAAAGUUACUCAGAUUGGAGGAUACUGCAAAGGAAUCCCCAAGGGAACCGUCCGAGUGGGAAUCAAUGUCGGUAGCUGCGUGGGAACGAAAGCUGCAGAUGCUUUUACUGGAUGGAAUUCCGUGACCCGAAUCAUGAUCGAGGAAGUUCCUCCAUCGCAGUGA